AUGGAAUUGUUUUCAUUAACAACGAAUAAAACAGUAACAGACAUAAAAUGGCAGGCAUAUCCAAUUGGCUUUUUCCUAUUACUGUUAUGUCUGUUCACUAUAAUAGGUAAUCUAUUAGUUCUAUAUGUUAUAAUUCGCCAAUAUACGUUACAUACAUCUAAAUAUUACUAUAUUGCAUCAUUGACAUUUGCUGAUCUCUUAGUUGGAUUAAUUGGAAUGCCGUUCGCGUUUAUAUUUGAAAUGACGGAUGAUGAACAUUGGUUGUUCCCACGACACCUUAGUUUUUUAUGCGAUUUUUUUUAUUCCAUGGAUGCAUUUGGAACAACAGCAUCAAUAUUUGGACUAUCCGCUAUUGGAAUAGAUCGGUAUGUGGCUAUUACAAGGCCACUGGAAUAUCCAAAUUCAUUUAUAUCAAAAAGAUGGUAUUAUGUGUUAUCAUUUAUAUGGGUAUUUUCAGCUGUUAUAUCAGUUCCACCAGUAAUUUUUAUUGGAAGAGAACAAGUAUCUAGUCGUACGUAA